AUGUCUAGCAACAGGAGUACCGUCAAAGUCGCCGCCAUUCAGGCCGAGCCUGCCUGGAACGACUUGCAAGGCGGCGUUGCCAAGGUCAUGAGCCUCAUCCAAGAGGCUUCUAGCAACAGCACCAAUGUCACCGGGUUCCCGGAGGUCUUUAUCCCCGGCUACCCAUGGGUCCUAAUAUUGUCCUUCAUCGAUGAGACUGGUACCAUCGUUCACCAUCGCCGCAAGAUCAAGCCCACCCGCGUGGAGCGAGCCUUCUAUGGCGACGGACAGGGCGAGCCGCUCAACGGUCGUGCCCUCCAAGUUCGGCAGAAUUGA